CCAAUGUGAUUGAUGUCAACUACUCCUGUAUCACCCUCCCAGAGUGUGUGAACGUAAACCAUAUUGCCAUAAGUGGUUUGACUAAUCAGGAGCAUUGGACCUAUAUCAUUGUGUCUGGUGCAUCAGAUGAGCCAAAGAAGCCUUUGGAGAAAUCGCCUGAGUGGCAGAAUAAAACUACAGAUAAUGUGAAGCAGGAUGCCGACCAGAAAAACCAAGACCAUAACAACACUCGCCCAUGGCUCAUCCCAGUUGUAAUUGCUGUUCCCAUUAUAAUUUCGAUUAUGUUGCUCGGUGUUGGUUGGAUAGUGUACAAAAAGCUGAAGAAGGGGUUUCCAGGCCAGACCAAUAAUGAUAUUGAGAUGAACAAUAUGGGAACAGACAGCACUAAGGACCAUACUGAUGACCUGCCUCCUGAUGCUGAGACUCUGGUUCAACCUCAGACGAAUGGACAGGUGCUCUCUGACCGCGACCAAGGAGAGGAAGGCGUACUAGGAGUGGAGGACGGAAAGCCGCCUGACAAUGACCAAGCAGACACUGAAUCCUGUCAGAAGACACAUGCUGAUUCCCCUCCACUGAAUGUACCCAAGGUUGUCAGGGAAUCACACCUGACCGAUGGGGCUCCAGGUCAGGGUGCUGGUGAGACUUCACCCCUCCUCUGCAGAAGCCCAGGAGAGGAAGGCGUGCUAGAAGGGGAGGACAGGAAGCCAGCAGACAGUGGGGGAACAGACCCUGAAUCCUGUCAGAAGACACAUGCUGAACCCCCUGACAUCAGGGUUAAUGACAAGACUAAGGAACCGACUCUUAAUGCACAGAGUCCAGGACCUCCUCAGAUGAAUGGACGACAUCCCAUGUCUAACAGAGUAGCAGAGGAGACCACUGGUCUAUUGGACAAACAGACCUUGGACAAGGACCAAGUCAGAAAACCUGAGUUAAUAGACAAAGGACAUAAUAACAUGGAGUCAAAAAGAGGAGAACUGUAACAAGCGGUGGACGUUUGUAUAACAAAAGAGAACCUAAUAAGAUAUGAUAAAAUACAGUAAUAUAUGAUAUACAGUACAUAUUAUAAGAUACACAUAUGUGACUAGCUUCAUCAUAAUCAGUCAUAUCA